AUGAAAGAUUAUUUCUUGCAACUGAAAAAAACAAUUUAUGUAAAAUUAAAAGAAGCUCAACCUGAUACAAUCGAUGAUGCUAUCGAAUUUCAAUCAUGGACGCUGUCAAUACUAGCUGUAAUUAUAUUAUCAUUCGUAUUCAUUUGCUGCUUCAUACCACUCCUCAUCUGUUUAGCAUGUAAACUAUUUGGGUGUUGUACAUGCACUGGAUGCAGGACUAAUGAUGGAUUGACUCGCAGAUACAUUUUUUGGCAGAACUCUACUCAAAAACGUUUAUCUAAUGAACACCGUAAGCAAAAUGGAAAUAUCCGGAACAAUAUUCCCAAAGUUGAGUUUUAUAAGCCAUGCCACAAACGUAAUUCUGUUCACAAAUUUGAAGAUAAUAACUUCGAAAUGAAUGAAUUAGCAGCCAGUGCACAGAAAUUCCCGUUAUAA